GUACGCACUUGGCUGUUUUGACGUUUACUGACCGGAAGUUGGUUUCACGUGACGAGGCAUCCUGUUCGAAGACGCCAUUCGUGUUGAUGUUUGCCUUGUGCUCCAUUUAACUGCUUUCGUUGUUUGUUGCUGCUUCUUGUUAUUUCGUUGCUGCUGUUCCGUUUUGUUAUUGUUUCUUGUUAUUGUUUAGUUUGUUUUGGUAAACAUGAGUGAUUCCCACGAAACGCUCUAUAAGUGUGAGGAAAGCAGUCCAGAGUUUAAAAUGCGAAAGAACCUCUACGCCCAUAUGAGGAAAGUUCAUGAACUUGACAUCCUUGUGUCUAAAAAAGGAAAAGGCAGUGAAUUGUGUCCCUUGUGCGGAAUUGCAUUUAUGAGAUGCAGUUCAUUAGAACGGCAUCAAAUAACUGUGCAUGGCAUGAAGUCGGAGAAAAACAGUCGGAAAUGCCGCAUUAGUUGCCCACAGUACUCUCUCUCGUUUCUCACCUAUGACACACUGAGAACACAUAUUCAACAGAACCAUGGUGUUAGUUUUGAAUGCCAGGAGAUAGAAUUUGGUUGUCUUGCAGUUCUAAAGGAACAGGUGCCAGGUGUGUCAAAAGUAUGGGCGCGAAUAAAAUAGGCAGUACUUGUCCAUCCAACAUGCAAGUGAUAAUAACAGACGACAAAUGCUGCUUAAAAUUUUUUCCAAAACAUAUGGGACACACCCAAGAUGUUGGAAGAACAUUUCUGCAUAGGAACGAGAGGGCAGAGUUGGCAGGACGGCUGUCACAGGGUGUUCCUGUUGGACGAGUUCUGCAAGAUGUGAGAAGUGCACCAAUCGCUGCAAGUGUGGAGAGAAUCCAUCUCCUUGAGGAAAAAGAUUUGCAUAAUAUAAAAAGGGAUUUUGAUAUUGGUUAUGCAACGAAGAAGCAUGAAAAUGAUGCAGUGAGUGUGAAAUUGUGGGUUGAAGAAAUGAAGAGAUAGAGUGACAACCCAGUACUGUAUUUCAAGCAGCAAAAACAAGUGGAUCCUAAUUUUCAAGUUAAAGACUUCAUUCUUAUUAUAAUGACAGACUUUCAGGCUGAACAACUUCUAAAGUAUGGAGAAGAUAAAAUAUGUGUGGAUGGCACUCAUGGCAUGACUGCAUACGAUUUUCAACUUUUUUCUAUUGUCGUUGUUCAUAGAUAUGGUGCUGGAAUGCCAGUUGCAUUUUGUUUUUCAAAUAGGGGAGACAUGUGCUUACUGUCUUUUUAUUUCAAAUGUGUGAGAGAAAGGGUGGGCAUUGUUAAGACCAAUGUGUUUAUGUCUGACGAUGCACCAGCAUUUUAUAAUGCAUGGUAAGCAGUAAUGGGACCUGUGCCAAACCAGUUGCUGUGUUCUUGGCAUAUACAACGGAACUGGUCUCAGAAUUUAAGGAGAAUUGCUGGGGGUAGUGAGAAAAAAUCAGCAGUGUUUAGUUCACUAAAGCAACUUCAGACUGAACUGGAUAUAGAUGUUUUUAGUUGUAGUCUGGAGAAAGUGGUGGAAGACUUAUUGAAUGAUCCAGAUACUGCAGAAUUUGGCAGGUACUUUGUUAAGAUGUACUGCCAGCGAGUGGAAAAUUGGGCGUAUUGCUUUAGGCACCGAUUGGGCAUUAAUACAAACAAUUACUUGGAGUCCCUACAUAAAGUAGUCAAAUACAGUUACCUAGAAGGGAAAAAGUGCAGAAGGCUGGACAAGUCAUUAAACGCUUUGUUAUGUUUAGUGAGAGACAAAGUAUAUGAGGGCUUAGUGAAGCUCUCAAAACGUAAACAAUGCUCUAGGGCAUCAAGAGUGAAAGCAAACUACAACGAUAGCUCAGAUAUAACAAAUGGGAUGAUUUUAUGCAGGGGUGAAGGGUUGUGGGAAGUGCUUUCUUCCACUGGUUGUGAAGUGUAUGUUGUCGUAAAAAAUUCAGAACUGAUAUGCGAAAGAAAAUGUUCACUUAAGUGUAACAUCUGCAACAUAUGUGUGCAUUCGUAUAAAUGCAGUUGUUUAGACAACAUUUUAAAUUUUAACAUAUGUAAGCAUAUACAUGCAUGUACCAAAUCAUUGUCUGGUGCUGUCCAGGAGAGUGAACAGUGUUCCUUGCCCUCUAGUGCAGACAAUGAAUAUGUGUCAGAAUUGCUUUCUGGCAAUUCAGAAAAAUCUGCUGAAACAUUUGAACAGGAUGUGAUGUCUCACUGUGAAACUAUAGUUGCACUCAGCAAAGGAACACAGUGUGGACAGGAGACUAAGGCCAAAGUAUUGAAGGAUCUGAAGCUGAUCAUUGGCAAUCUUAAUAAAGAUUUUUCUUUCUCACAAGAAAAUACAGUAAAUGUCAAUGCCAAGAUUGAAUCUCAGGCUAGAUUUUUUUCCACAAAGCAGAAAAGGAUUUUGUGAGGGGUGAUGAAGUGUUAAAGAAAAAGUAAACUCCAGGUGGGAAUAUUAACAAUAUUAGGAAAAAAUAGUUUGCUACUCACUGUAAAGGUGUCAUGUUGAGUUGCAGGCAGGCACAAUGUAAAGAAUGUUACACAUUUAGUUUUUAGCCAAAGCCUUCUCCAGAGAACAAAACACGAACAGAUUAAUACUAGCAAGCACACAUGACCAAUAUCUCCCGCUGCAGAUAGUGGACAUGUGUGCAGGGAGUGUGCUUGUGUGUGUAAAUCUGUUUGUGUUUUCUUUUCUGAAGAAGGCUUUGGCCAAAAGCUAAAUGUGUAACAGUCUUUACAUUGUGCCUGUACAGUGAAUAGCAAACUAUCCUUUUCCUAAUAUUGUUAAUGCACA